UGUAGCCUGUCUCUCUUUCUAGAGACAACUAGACUUACCUGUAGGAGGAGAAGAAGCAUCCUUCAGUUAUUCAUGGCUUCCGAGUUGAUUUGGUGUGGAUGACUACAGCUCAGAGUCUGAUGUGAUUAUUAUACCUUCAGCCCUGGACUUUGUCUCACAAGAUGAAAUGUUGACGCCACUGGGGAGACUGGACAAGUAUGCUGCAAGUGAGAACGUAUUUAACAGACAAAUGGUGGCCCGGAGUUUGUUGGACACGUUGAGGGAAGUCUGCGAUGAUGAAAGAGAUUGCAUUGCUGUUUUGGAAAGAAUUAGCAGAUUAGCUGACGAUUCAGAGCCAACUGUGAGAGCAGAGCUGAUGGAACAGGUGCCUCACAUUGCAUUGUUUUGUCAAGAAAACCGGCCUUCAAUUCCAUAUGCUUUUUCCAAAUACUUACUACCUAUUGUGGUUAGAUAUCUCGCAGAUCAGAAUAAUCAGGUAAGAAAAACAAGUCAGGCAGCUUUGCUGGCUCUGCUGGAGCAGGAGUUGAUUGAGCGAUUUGAUGUGGAGACCAAAGUGUGCCCGGUGCUCAUAGAGCUUACUGCCCCAGACAGCAAUGAUGAUGUGAAAACGGAAGCUGUGGCUAUAAUGUGCAAAAUGGCUCCCAUGGUUGGGAAGGACAUUACAGAGCGUCUUAUCCUCCCUAGGUUUUGUGAGAUGUGCUGUGAUUGCAGAAUGUUUCAUGUUCGAAAGGUCUGUGCUGCCAAUUUUGGAGAUAUUUGCAGUGUGGUUGGCCAGCAAGCUACUGAGGAAAUGUUGCUGCCCAGGUUUUUCCAACUUUGUACUGAUAACGUGUGGGGCGUCCGGAAGGCUUGUGCUGAAUGCUUCAUGGUGGUUUCCUGUGCAACAUGUCAAGAAAUCCGGCGGACAAAAUUGUCAGCACUGUUUAUUAAUUUGAUCAGUGAUCCUUCGCGUUGGGUUCGCCAAGCGGCUUUUCAGUCUUUGGGACCUUUCAUAUCUACUUUUGCUAAUCCGUCUAGCUCAGGCCAGUAUUUCAAAGAAGAAAGCAAAAGCUCAGAAGAUACGUCAGUAGAAGACAAAAAUAGGAUCAGAGAUCAAGAAGUCCCAGAGGAUGUACAGAUCAGGCCAGAGGAUGUUUCUUCAGAUCCCAGUAUUAGUAAUUCCAGUGUCAAACUGGAAAACAUGGUGGAAGAUCAUGCUGAAACAUCUAGGAAAUCUCCAGGUGAAAUAAGUGUUCCAAUGGACAGCUCUUUACUUUGUACUUUGUCCUCAGAGUCUCAUCAGGAAGCAGCUAGUAAUGAGAAUGCUAAAAAGCCCGCUAACUACAACUCUACCUUACGGCCAGAGGGUGGCACCAGCUCACCAGAGUCCGCUCUCUUAGAUCAGGAAUUGUACAACUCCUUCCAUUUCUGGAGGACUCCUCUUCCUGAAAUAGAUCUAGAUAGAGAGCUUGAGCAGGGCUCUGGGGAUGUCCUCAGCCCAGAGCGACCAGAAGAAACACCUGAAGUCACCAUACCAGGUUCUUCAAAUAUCACUAUGGCCACCAGAAAAGAACUUGAAGAAAUGAUAGAAAAUCUAGAGCCGCAUAUUGAUGAUCCAGACGUUAAAGCGCAAGUGGAUGUGCUGUCCGCCGCGCUGCGCGCUUCCAGUCUGGACGCCCAUGAGGAGGUUGGCGACACUGAAAAGAGAAGUGAUGGGCAGGAUGUGCCGGGUGCAAAUGAGCUGCCAAACUGUAAAAUAAAUCACGAUGCCUCCGUGCCUUUAAUCAGAGACACCUUUGAGAAUAUGGACUCUGCCCUUCGCUAUAUUCAUAAUGACUCGGACUUGAGCACCAACAGCAGUUUUAGCCCUGAUGAGGAGAGGAAAUCUAAAGUACAAGAUGUUGUGCCUCAGGCUCUGUUAGAUCAGUAUUUAUCUAUGACGGAUCCCUCUCGUGCACAGACAGUCGACACUGAGAUUGCUAAGCACUGUGCGUACAGCCUUCCCGGCGUGGCCCUGACGCUCGGCAGGCAGAACUGGCACUGCCUGAGAGAGACCUAUGAGACGCUGGCGUCAGACAUGCAGUGGAAGGUUCGAAGGACGUUGGCCUUCUCCAUCCACGAGCUGGCAGUUAUUCUCGGUGAUCAGCUGACAGCUGCCGAUCUGGUUCCGAUCUUCAAUGGAUUUUUAAAAGACCUCGACGAAGUCAGGAUAGGUGUCCUUAAACAUUUGCAUGAUUUUCUGAAGCUUCUUCAUAUUGACAAAAGAAGAGAAUAUCUUUAUCAACUUCAGGAGUUUUUGGUGACAGAUAAUAGUAGAAAUUGGCGCUUUCGAGCUGAACUGGCUGAACAACUGAUUUUACUUCUGGAAUUAUAUAGUCCCAGAGAUGUUUAUGACUAUUUGCGUCCCAUUGCUCUGAAUCUUUGUGCAGAUAAAGUUUCUUCUGUUCGUUGGAUUUCCUACAAGUUGGUCAGUGAGAUGGUGAAGAAGCUGCACAUGGCCACACCACCCACAUUUGGAGUGGACCUCAUCAAUGAGCUUGUGGAAAACUUUGGUAGAUGUCCCAAGUGGUCUGGUCGGCAAGCCUUUGUCUUUGUCUGCCAGACUGUCAUUGAGGAUGAUUGCCUUCCCAUGGACCAGUUUGCUGUGCAUCUGAUGCCACAUUUGCUAACCUUGGCAAAUGAUAGGGUUCCAAACGUUCGAGUGCUGCUUGCAAAGACAUUAAGACAAACCCUGCUAGAGAAAGAAUACUUCUUAACCUCUGCCACCUGUCAUCAGGAAGCCGUAGAACAAACCAUCAUGGCUCUUCAGAUGGAUCGUGACAGUGAUGUCAAGUAUUUUGCAAGCAUCCACCCUGCCAGCACCAAACUCUCUGAAGAUGCCAUGAGCACCGCUUCUUCUACCUACUAGAAAGCUUGAACCUUGUCGUCCUCCUGCUUCCUGGGGAACCACGGGCUGGCAGGCGCUCCACACGUGUGUGAUCUGGGACAGCCUUUGGGAGGAGGAGAGACCUUCCUCUCUUGCAGACUUAAUUGCAGAUGCAAGUUGCCUACACUGAUACCAGGGAUCUUAAGAGUCAAGAGAAAGUACAGUAAACACUAUUAUCUUGACUUUAAGGGAAAGUAAUUUCUCAGAGGAUUAUAAUUGUCACCGAAGCCUUAAAUCCUUCUGUCUUCCUGACUGAAUGAAACUUGAAUUGGCAGAGCAUUUUCCUUAUGGAAGGGAUGAGAUUCCCAGAGACCUGCAUUGCUUUCUCCUGGUUUUAUUUAAAUAGGUGGAAUGGCAGCCAGAAGGCGGCUGUGAGCCAGGAUGCAAAAGAGACCGUCAGUAUUAGCCCUGUUUCCACGCAGGCAAGGACCUGUCGGUUCUGUGGCCCUCUGCCCAGUCCGCCCUAAGUGUGAAUAGUUUUUGACGUGUGUAAAUGGGAGAGGAGAUUUUGGGGGGUUUCUCCUAAGGGCUUGAUGCUAACACUAAAGUAGAAUCUGAUUUUAACUCUUAAAUGCAGCAUAUUGCUGUGUACGUUACAGAACGUUGGCCAAGUAUCUAUGUCCUGAUUUUUUUCAUGCUGGUCAUGACCUGAAGGAGUUUAUUGGCACGUGUGCUGUAUGUCAGGUGUUUUUUAUCUUGAUCACGACCGGCUGUGGGGUGCGGCUUUCCUUCAUGCGCUGCACACACCUGUGACCACUCUAGGGAGUGCUGCCGUCUUUAAUCGUGCUCUUUAACCUGUUGUGGCACAAGUUUUCUUGUCCAAAUAAAAUUUAUUAAUGAGAUCUAUUUAGAGAGAUAUAUGCACUUCUGAUUGUUUUCUAGGUGUCUGCAAAUAAAUGCAAUUUGUGACCUAUAGCACUGAUUUAGUAUAAAGUGGGAAAACUAGAUUAAAAUAUUUCUUUUAAGUAGCUUAGUAAUGUCUUUGCCAUCUGCACCUGCCACUCAGGGCCAGACUUUGCUCUCGGUGGAUAGUGGGUUGUCCUGGGCGCCAGGCCCCUGGGUCUCUGCCUGCAACUCCUGGAGGCCCAGGAGGCCUGGUGUGCACCGGGCACUAAGUGCUGAAGCUGUUUCCGGGCGAACAUUCGGAGCCUCUGUCAUUUCUGCAAAAUGGGGUAGUGACACGGGCUUGUCCAUGAGACAGCAUGGAAGUGUCUGUCGCUCUGAUGACCCCGGGAUGGAAGGCCCUCGGCCCGAGUCCCCGUGGUGCAUGUGUGAGCUUCGGUUUCAGUGACUCAGUUGCCAGGGACUCCUCAGGGUUGCAGAGGCAGGCAGGACGGGCCCCCUUGACCUUGGUGCGUGGAUCUGGGAACGUGUAGGCUGCUUUCUGUUCAGACCAUUACAGAGAAGCCUUGUGUUUCUUACUCUCGUGUUACAGCCCUGGGACCGUAGUAUGAGCAAGUUGCGCUAGGACAGAGGAGGCAGGAAGUACACAGGCAGCGUGUGGAACGGGUGCUGAGGUCAGGGCUGGAGAGAAUAGGAAGGUGAUGAGGGGUCGGUGGGGCCUGGAAGGCAAUCAGAGCAGAGAUUGGAGGAGGGUGUGGCCUUGUAGCCAAAUCUCUGGAGUGCAUAUUCUCUGAUACUAAGUUCUGAUAAUACAGUUUGCCUCCCCAAAUUUCAGGUGUAUAAACUACAACUGAAAUUGUGCAACUGUAAACAGACUACUGCAGUUACACACUAACAGCAUCAUUUUCUUUUAAGCAGUGGUAAGAAUAGUAUGUUUUGGGAUGAAGAACUUGAACCUAGGGUAAGCUGAUAAAUGCACCUGCCAGUUCUUCCUCUUGAGCCUUCCUGCUGCCGCCCGGUCCCACGCUGAGGUGCCCCAGGGGCCACAUGGCAUUCCACUUAUGCCCAUGGCAGUGCCUACAAGAGCCACCUGCCCUGUUUAGCUGCGACUGUAAUAAAAGCAACGCCAGUGUGGAUGGUAAUGAAUUCAAAAUAAGGAAAAAGAUGCAGGUGUGACCUCUUAGAUUCUCAACUGUAUUUAGCCCUUGCAGCGGGCUGGCUGAGGUGUGGCUGGCCCUGCUUCAGGGCAUGAUGGAGAGCAGUGACUGGGUCCCCAGGACGGCCAGGGCGCCCUCUCGGUCAACGGGAUUUCCUAAGGGAGAAGAGUGGGCUUCCAAAGGCAGCACAAACCCAAGCAAAUGAGGAAAGUUGACGAAUCAGCAGCUCUUUAAUAUCCUCUAGGAGGCAAGAACUACAAACCAGUUAGUACUCAAAUUGAUUUCAUAAUAGAUGGAUAAAAUAGUAAUAAUGUUGUCCUAGGUAUUUAAUAUGGGUGGCCAAUCUUAGAAGAUAUUCGUGAUCUUAGGACUUUUGAGGGAGGUCGACAAGAUGAAGAGGAAAACUAUUUUUCAAAAACUAGAGCUCAUUACUCAGUGGGUACUGUUGGUAAUUGCUGGGUGCUUCCUGUCCUCCACUCUCCCCUCCCAGGCGGGGAGCGUAUGGCACACCCUUCCUCAAGCCUGCCUGGCUCUGCAUCACGGUGCCGGAUGUGAUCUUGGCUACUCCGCCCCUUGUCUGAGAGAAAUCUGUUGAUGAUCUUUCCUGAGUGUUCAGGGCAUCCCUUUACCCAGCCCCAGAUCUCCAGACCUGUUUGUGUAGUGGGAUGGUUUGGGGGCUACCUUUUGGCUGUGAUCUUUGUCCCUGUGUCUUGGAGGUAUUUCUGUGACCACUGGUUUUUCUGGAACCCUCUAGCUGAGUUGGUGAGUGCCGAGUUCCUGAGAGAGCUUACCAUGCAAAUGUCCUCCAAGCCGCCCAAGCUGCUGGAACAUCCAUCCGAGGCAAUUCUUAGUUUGCCUGGCAGGCAGUCGGGCCACAGUGUGUUACUGACCCUUCCCACACCUGUUGGGUUUGGGCCCCACAUUAUACGGGGUGAGUCUGCUUCCUGGCACCUCGGCAGCCAAGUACACUCAAGGAAGCAAGUUGAAAACCUGCCCCCUGCAGCGUCAGGGGAGCACGGAAGUCUGAAACAGCAGGCAUGACGGCAUAUUGGGGAAGCAUCGGGAGCACUACUUCACAGACACAGCUCCGAGGAGGGAGUGUCGAGGGGGCAGCGGGGUUUGAAACUGACCCAUCAAAAAGCGGGCUCAGCAUCUGGAACCCACGUGAUCAUUUCCUUGUACGGUAAUGCUUCCGUGCAAGAUUCCAGGGGAUGGAAGGAAUGAGUGACGGGAGGAAAAGAAACUCCCCGCAACUCGAAACCAUGUGAAUGGCCUUCUUACAAUUAAUAAUCUUCUGAGGAAAAGGAGUUGAGUCUGGAAAUAAAUGUGAGUAAACAGGA